AGCGUUAGUUUACUGAUGUGUGGUCUGAGCUGGAGGACGGUUGUGUUGUCGUAUCUCAAAUAUUUCAUCAGUUGAAGUAACGAUGAGUUCAGUUCAGAAUCUGAGAGAGUUGAUCAACGAGCGAUUAACUGCUGCUGCUGAAGAAAUAUUCACAGAGUUUGAAAAAACCAUCGUCCAGUACGAGGAAGAGAUCGAUCGUCAGCGCAGAAUGCUGGAUAACAUCUGGAAACCACAGAUACCGUUACACAGGACAGACCUCACGCAACAUACCUGCACAAAUCAGGCAGGUCUUGCUGAGCAGCAGUUCUGUAACCAUGAGAGGAGCUCUAGUCUUGACCAGGAGGACCCAGAACCUCCAGAGAUUAAGGAGGAAGAGCAAGAAUUCUGUACCAGUCUGGACCUAGAAGGCCCAAAGUCUCCACAGAAUAUUGAGGAACAGGGCGAACUCUGCACCGCUCUGGACCAAGAUGACCCAGAGCCUCCACAAAUUAAAGAGGAACAGGAGGAACUUUACACCAGUCAGGAGGAAGAGCAGCUUUUACUGAAGCAGGAGACUGAUAGCUUUAUGGUGACUCCUGCUUAUGAGGAAAGUGACCAUAGUGAACCAGAACCAAACGGUGACCAACUCAUCUCCCACAUCUCUCCUGUAGCUGAGAGCCAAGAUCAGGAAGGAAGCAACACCUUAAAAAUUCUGUCCCAAAUGAAGAAACAUCACCGAAGUCACACCAGUGUGAAGCCAUUUUCUUGCAGCAUUUGUAGAAAAAGUUUCAGUCAGAUUUGUGUUUUAAAACAUCAUGAACGAACCCAUAUGUGUGAGAAACCUUACCCCUGCAACACAUGCGAGAAAAGAUUCAAAGAUAAAAGUUCACUAAAACAUCACAUAAAAACUCACACAGGUGAAAAGCCGUAUUAUUGUCAAACAUGUGGUAAAAAUUUCAGUCGAAGCCAUCAUUUGACUGUCCACAUAAGAACACACACAGGUGAGAGACCAUAUCCUUGUGGAAUAUGUGGUAAAAGUUUCACUCAGAAUGGUAGUUUGAAAAUUCACAUGAGAACGCACACUGGUGAGAGGCCCUAUUCUUGCAAAACCUGUGGGAAAAGUUUCGCUCACAGUUGGAUUUUGACUGACCACACAAGAACUCAUUGUCAGAGGUGACAGUCUUGAAACAGCUGUGGGCAAAAUUAUCUUGGGACCCAGCUUGAAAUAUCAUGUGAGAAUUAAAACAGGUUAGAAGUAGAUCUAUCGAAUUUAAGGUUGCUUUAGACUGUUCUUCAACAACAAUCCUGUGAGUUUAUCGAUGUCACAUUGUGAGAGAUGGAAAUAAUAAAAUCUGGUUUCGAUCUGUAUCAGACUGCGCAGUUAUUCUGACUGUUUCGAAACUGCCCAGUGGAUACAUGGCGACUCAUACAGAAGCACAUAGUAUUUUUCAGAUUUGUUUUGAGCAAGUUGUAUCAUUAAAUGUCUAUAUGCAACAUUAAAUGUGUGUAUUUUCUGAUGCAUCAACUUCUUGUUGUUUCACACUUUGGAAGCUUACAAAAUGUAGCGGAUGAACAACAUGUUUAAAAAAUAAAUGUUCUUUUUUCAAAUA